UCGGACAAAGGCGCUGCAUGGCUUUCGUCUCCGGUGGCGGAGGAGGCCUUCCACCGCAGCCAGGAGUUCCAACUCCUGGAGGCUCGAAUGGGCCUCCCGUUGCAGUCCAAACGCCGACCGCCACUCAGCUAGCCGCUCACCAACAGUUGUCUGCUUUGGCAGGCAAUCAACAUUUCCUGGACGCUUUACUUCAACAACAGCUUCAGCAACAACAGCAAGCCGCUGCUCAGGCCAAUUCUCAAAGUCCUUCAUCGCAGCUGGUAAGUCAUCUGUUGGCCACCGCAUUGUUGGGUGGGUCGAAUCCUCUUGCCGUGAACCAAAUGGCUAGUGGUGGCUCAUCUUCAACAGUAGAACCACAAGGAAUGCAGUUGCUGUCAGUGUUGCAAAAUCAACUGGCUUUUGGUCAGCUUCUUCCUCAGUUUCAGAGUGGUCAGAAUCUCGGCGCAAUCAAUCCGCUUCUCAAUCCAGCUAUUGCGCUCUACUACCAACAGCUCCUGCAGCAACAACAACAACAGCAAACAUUACUGCAACAGCUAGCACAGCAACAGAUCCCUCAAGCCCAAGCUGUGCAAGUUCCCCAGGCCCAUGCCUUCCAACCUCCAGCUCAAGUGUCGUCUGGAAAUGUGGAGUCGCAGUUGAACGCACAGGAGCGGCUCAUGAGCGCCUAUCUGAGCGAGCAACAACAACAACAACAACAAGCUGGUACUUUCAGCAUCUCAAAUAGAGAUCAGGAGCCAACCUUAAUGAAUCAUCAGGUUGCAAGUGGUCACGCGCAACAUGCGCAGCACCAUCACGAUCGGGCCUCCGUGGGGACCACCAGAAGUUUAGGCGCUGUCGCAAGUGGCAGUGUCGACGUGGAGUCAGUGGAGGAAAAAAUUUCGCGACUCAUCAGCGAAAACGAAGCGAUUGUCCAACCACAUCAGACGUUGUUGAAGCGCAGGCCAUAUCAUCGGCAAGCCGGUGGGCAGUCAUCCAUUGACCACGACAGCAAUAGUGGCGGUGAGUAUGGCUCUACGCGGACAUCUCCUGGUAUUCGAGAUCAUCGCAUGUUGCAGUCGAGCAGUCGGAGCCAAUCUCACUACGAGCCGCUUUUGACUGCUAAAGCCGCAUUUGGUGGAAGUUUGACGUCAGGUCUUCCUAUCAACCGAAACAUCAAGCAGGAAUCACUGCCGACGUGUUCAUUCUGCCUUUUGACUUUCCCAAACGAAGCUGGAUUGCAAGUGCAUGAGAUUCGUUGCAGUAAAAAAGUUGAGGCAGCUAAUGCUGAGGCUGAGAAGCUUCGCGGGGAGGCAAACUUAUCUCUCCAGUCCGCUUCGAGGACUCCGGAUACGGACACGCACAGCCGACACCCGCUCAAAAGGAGGCUGCUUGCUGCCGUAGCCGCUGAACAGCAUAGCCCCACCAAAAUACCUCGGCCGGAAUCUCGAGAUGUGGUGGUCAUAGAGGAGCGAAAGGCAUCGACUGCUGAGAAAAAAGAUUCCAUUAUUGAGCUCGAUACUGAACAUCCAAGUCUUGUGCGAAGGGCAACGAUCGCAUCUAUGCCUGGCCUGCAACGUAGUCACUCUGUGGCAGCUCCCAUUGCCGUAUCUGCUAUCCCAUCCGUCAUGCAACCUGUUCCUCAUGCUCCUGCUCCCGUUUGUGCUUUACAAAGUGCUGGUGGUUCGUCUGCAUUUGCUUCUCCUAGUGGAUCUGCAUUUGUGCCUCAACCAACGCCUGCCAGUCAGAUCCCAAAGAAGGAAGAAAAUCCAUUCAGCAUUGAAGGAUAUGUGCUGGAUGGGAAUACGGAUAAACCGUAUACGCUGGUACUAACACAGGCAUGCAAAGUGCAGUCUACAACUGACGUGGCUACUGUCCGUAGGUCGCGAGGCAGGAAUAUCACCAGUGAGACGUUUGUUUGCAUGCACCGUGCUCAGCCAAUGUUUGUUGAACAGAAGGGGAAUUUGUCAAUGUACAGCAACUGGCAUCAGGUCAACAUCAACGAAGCUGAGUCUAAGUUGAAUCUAUUGUACAUGGGAAUGUGCUCUACAAGGCCGCGAACGGGUGUGAAACCAUUCUGGCGGUACAGCGUUGCAAAUCGCGACCAUGGGCAGUACAAAAUGACUCAUUCUUCUUUUUGGGAAUAUAGGAAUAAGGUGAGACGCCAGGCUGAGCAACUGCAAUCUGCCAAAGACGAUAAUGAGGAUGACUUGCAGCCCUUUCUUGAUGGUCUCGGAAACGACGCGAAGCCGGCAGUGGAUGAGGCCAAUGACGUGGACUCAUCCGUCGCUAUCGGAACGGCCGAAUUUAUUCCAGCAGAACCAGUGAAGGAGGAAGGCGAGACGCUACCACCGUCAAAGUACAAACCCAUGAGCGAGCCAGCUAAGUUAACCAAAUCUACAACAGCCAAGAAACAAGAACCAGUGAUUGGCGGAUAUCGCACUGACGAGGUAUAUGUGUACGUUCGCGGAAGAGGUCGAGGACGUUACGUUUGCGACCGUUGUGGAAUUCGCUGCAAGAAACCGAGCAUGCUGAACAAACAUAUCAAAUCCCACACUGAUAUUCGCCCGUACAAGUGUAAGGAGUGCAAUUUUUCAUUCAAAACGAAAGGUAAUUUUACGAAGCACCUUAGCUCCAAAACCCAUCGCCGGCGUCUUGUACAAGGAAAUGGUAACGACAGCGAUAACGAAGAUGGUCUUGUAAUUGCAAGUCCAGAUGAUGACACAGCUGAACAGCGGUUUCCCUUCGAUGAGAUGGACUCGAUCCUGGACAGAGGAGGGAGCUCCGACGAAGAAAACGAUGAUCACUUACCUCCGGUGCAGGAGUCAGUUGGUAAUCCAUACCGAAAGUAUGGACAAGAAAAUAUACUCGUUGAACGUGCUGCUCACACACCACCAUCUCGUUGGAUGCUUGUUGAAGAGGAGGUUGAGAACAGGUGGCCUGAAGCUGAGCGUAUCAGAAACUGCAGCUCGGCGCCACCAUCUGCAAUUAGCCCCACGAAAGAGGAACGAGAGGACCAAGUGACAACCACGUCAGGGAUGACCAGCGUAGUGUCGCUACCAAUGGCAACUGUAUUAUCUGCACCAUCGACCUCGUUUGCCGGUCCACAACUGCAGCAACAGCAGCAGCAGUCGCAACCGCAACAACAACAACAACAACAACAACAGAGUUUUGCCGUACAUCAGCCGACAGCACCCGUGUAUCCCUAUCUAUCUAAGGAGGAAUCCAUGAAGUGCAAUCAAUGCGAUCGAUCAUUUCGUAAGGCAUCUGAACUCACGUUGCAUCAAUAUACUCAUGACAUCGAAAAGCACCAUACUAGAAAUAGAAUGUUCCAAUGUCCAGAGUGUCGUAUCCCGUUGAGGACCAAGGCGCUAUUGGCAAAGCAUCUCGAAGCCUCGCACGGUAGUCAUAUAGAUGACAGUGUGACAGCCAGCAUUGAUCCUUGUGCGUCUACUCAAUCCGUUCUUGGUGGAUCAGCGCCGAUAGCAUCAAAUCCACGAUCAUUUGUAUGCUCCGACUGCAACAUUGGUUUCAGAAAACACGGCAUACUUGCUAAGCACUUGAGGUCUAAAACUCACGUCAUGAAAUUGGAAACUUUAAAACGACUACCUGAGGAUUCGCUGUCAUUGAUCACCAAAAGAGACAAUGGAGCGUGUCUGAACGGUGUUGAUACGACUGAUUGCGAAAAGGCUCGCAAGUCUCUCUAUGAAAUCGUUGAAACAAUACGUGCAGAGAAUCAACGCGCUUCCAUGCAGAUGGCUGCAGCUGUGGCGGCGGGCGCAGCCCGACCAGUUGUCCAAGCAGUGACGGUCUCUGAUGGUUUAGAGUGCCGCGAACAACUUGCUGCUUCGCCUGCACCUAAUACUGUCACUUCUAAGAAAGUCGAACAGGUUUUCAAUGGCCAACGAUCCGAUGGUGAUGAAAUCAUUUUGCAGCCGCGAUCAUUAACCGAAGCUGUCGCAACCACACUUGCAGCUGACACGAAUACCUUACCUCGAAAUAGAUGCGAUUCGGCGAUAAGGUCCAAUUCCACGAAUCCGCUGCGUCGUGAUGAUGCUCCGAACGUCAAGCUCGUCUCUGCAAAUGUUUGGAUACCUCCACGUGCAGAAGAGCGAUCCACGUCUUCUCGUGACUCCACUAAUAUCCGCGCGGUUCAAGAGGUGGUAGCCGAAUUACGAGAAGAUAAUGAGGCAGAAAGGAGCACAUGCUCUUCACCGGUUCUUCGUAUCCUGAGUAGUAAUGGCCACGCUUCUUCCCCCUUGAUGCCACAGGGCACUAAGUGCCAGAUAUGUGGAGUGAAUGCUGAGUCUCCUAUCGAUCUACAGGUUCAUCUAUACUCGGAUCAUAUCUCAAUUCGAGACGGGAAAGAUUUGAAGUGUCCGAAAAGGCAUUGUGAUAAGGUUUAUCCAAACAAGGAGAGCCUAAGACUGCACAUUAUUGCACACUACCAACAACGCGUCGAUGCUACUCCUGAAGCUCGGGAAGACGACUCGGUCUCGUCGACGUCGGCGAUGGCAAGUCGACUGGCCGAGGAUGUUGCCGAUGCACGUGGUUCACCGAUGUCUGACGCCAGUGACGGUUCUUGGCCAAGCCCUGCUAGCGUAGAAAUUGCGCGGUCUGGAGCACCUUCUGAGCCAAAGAAAACUCAAGAAGAAGAGCAAAUGAAUCUGCCCUGUACUCUAUGCAACAAAACAUUUAGUGACGCGGUCUCUUUGCAGCAACACUGGUUCGCUCACGUUUCUUCGAGAAUUCAUGUUUGUCAGGUCUGUGACGCUGGCUUCACCACCUCAGAUGCCCUCGCACAGCAUUCCCUUACUCAUUCGUCGGCGUCGGCCACACGUUGCUAGGUGAUGCACAACCAUGCGAGUUUUUCUUUUUCUUUUGCAAGACUAUUGAUAUUUUGUAGUGAUAUGUUGUUUACUGUCUGUUCCGGGUUUCAAUGACGCUGUUUCAUCUAUUUGCCAUGUUACUUGUUUGACUGCUCCUUUGAUUGUACAAACCAUCACUUUAUAUUUUCGUUUAAAAGUUGAAUCAAAAGAAUAACAUGUGUUUGAGUCAUUUGUCAGUGAGGGUGGAUUACUUUCUUGAUGUGAUUUACUUCUUUUGGUGUCAUCUUCGCUCAUUUUGCAACAAUAACUUGUAAUUUAUAAUUUAUAGGGCACAAUAUGUGUUCUUUUGUCAGACACAAUGUGCAACCAAAUCUAACGUUUACAUCUCAUUCGUUGUCGUUGAUAUCCAUUGUUGUUAUGUUUAGAAAGGGU